CCCCCGCUGCCCUCCCCACACACUGCUCUCUCACGACGGCCAAAAUCCCUCUCGCUCCAGACAUUUUCUCUGUCCUGUUGCGCCGUGCCCGCUGUAUCUGGCCAGGAAGGGAGCGGCGGCGGCGGAGCUCGGAGGCGGCUCCAGCCCAGGGUGCCAUCAGCGCUGCUAGAAAGCUGCUCCCGAGGCCGAGCUCCCAAAGGAUCUGCCCGCACUCCUGAUGUCUCAGGAGCAACGUGCUGUAUGUUCCAUGGGGAGUGAUUGCGGCUGUGACCUGGAGAAGAGUGAAUUCUGCGCCAUUUCUAGAGUCUGGGAAAAGCUCCUGCAUCCCCAGGAGGGACCAGCAGCCGCGGUUCCACACUUGCCUGGGGCCCAAGAAGCCUCUUGGCAUAAGCAGGGGGAUGCCACUUGUGAGCGUGCAGUGAGUGCAGAUGUGGAGAAUGGAUUCUGCACCAGUGACGGGAGUGUGAGGGAGCCCCUGGCUCCCCAGGGCACAGCAGCAGCAGGCAAUGAACACAAAAGGAACCUCAGAAGAUUCCUGGGUGAACGGUUCAGGUGCCAUCCCGUGGGCACAGCGGUGCUGAUUCUGCUGCUCCUGGUGCUGGUGCUGGCUUUGGGGGCGGCCUUGGCUGUGCUGGCAGCACGCCAGGUUCCAGUAACACCUGCGACUCCGCUGUUGUUUCUGGACUGUCCCCAUGGCUGGGUUGGGUACAGUGGGGUCUGCUACUAUUUCCCAAGGGAAUACAGCACGUGGGAUCAGGGUCAGGAACGGUGCUCCGAGCUCAAUGCCUCCCUGGCCAUUGCCAAGGAUGAUGAGGCCAUGGAUUUGCUCUUCCGCCUCUGCGGGAACGUCGAUUUCUGGCUCGGGCUGCGCAGACGGGGCGAGCGCCUGCACUGGGGGGACGGCAGCAGCUACAGCUCCCGGGUUCCUGUUGAUGGGAAUUCCGAGUGCGUCUGCCUGGCUGAGAAUAGACUGAGGAGUGAGAACUGCUUAAAAGAGCGGCUGUAUCUCUGCAGCAAGGCCCAAGCUCCCCUGUAACAGGGGCUGCACAAAGGACCUUCUCCACACUGGGCAGUGCCAGCUUCACCUCUGAGCCCAGCACAGCGCUGUCCUUCCUCAGCUGCGCCCUGUGCCUUGCACUUCCUCUCAGGGUCACCUCAGUGCCUCUUCCUGCCCAGUGCCAGCGCUGGGCUGGGGCUGCAAAGGAAAAUUCUCUGUAAUGCAUCCUGCCACCGAUGCUGCCUGGAGUGAGUGCAUUGCCCUCAUGACACAACGAGCUCCAAAGGGAAAUGCAAAUCUUCCUGGGGUCUUGGAAUCCACAAACUGGUUGGAAUGUGGUGACACUAUUGGACUGUCUGUGGAAGGGGAGGAAGAACUGCUGACACGUGCUGAGCAGGAAUCCCUCUUUUGGCAUCAGGCACCUGACUGUGAACAAGGGUCUCUCAGCUGUUGGCUCUGUCUCUCUCUCUCUCUCUUGCCUUCGGAGGAGGACGGUCAGAGCUGCUGCAUAGGGAAGGGAAUUCGGUGCCACCGCCACAAGCCAGCCCAGAGCUGCUUCUCCUGCUGUGGGGCUGUGGGCUGAGCCUGUGCUGGUGAGAGCAGCCCCUGCACGGGCCCCUCAGUGUCACCCCUCAGUGCCGCAGGGCCCUGUCCCCCCUGCUCGGGUGCCCGGGAUCCUGAGCUCGCCUCUCCCUGCCCUGCUCACACCCGGCUGCCGCUGCCGCGCCCCCGCUGCCCCUCGGGCGCUGCUCCGAGCUUUGGCUGCUCCGGAGCUGCGAGGAACGGAUUUGUACAGAAUCUGUAAAAAUUGAUCACACAGUCUUGUAUAUCUGUAUGCAAAUAUUGAGAUCAGGUGUGUUGACUUAGGAAAGCUAUGGAACAGGGAUUUUAUUGUUGAGAGAUUGAAAUAGAAAUAAGUUUUAAAAUAUAAAAAGAGUAUAUCAGAGUGUAGAUAUAUAUAUAAAAGAUGCUUUAGAAAAAGAGUAGAUAUUUUAGAGAUUUAGAGCUCUGAUAGAUGCAUUGUAAAUAGGAGUAUGUGAGGUACAAAUCCAAGUGAUUCGUGUUAGAAGUAAUAGCAGUAUUGUGUGGUAAAAGAAAAUAGCUUGAAAAACAUUUAUAAGGUAUUGUAAUUAGGAAAUAAGUUAGCUUUUAUCAGGAUGACAUUGAGGUUUAUGGUUCUUAUAUUUCAUUCUUUUGUGAGGUUGAUAAUAAAAUAAAAUCUUUUAA